GAGUGUACCCAUUUCUUUCCAUGGACCAUUUCAAACCUCCGAGUUGUUUAUAAAUUACAUGCACAAUGCCAGAGUUUUAUACUAAUCAAGGUAUCAACAAGUGAAGUGACUUGACUGACUCAAGGGGACCUAAGGCAUGCAUUGUAGAAUGAAUCUAUUUUCAUCAAUUCCCAAUCCUCUGCUGUAACUUUUGCCUGUUUUAUUUAUUAGUUGCACAUUGCUAUCAUUUGCCUGUUUUAUUUAUUAGUUUCACAUUGCUAUCAUUUGCUUUAUGCCUUUCACUAAAAAAUUUUACAGGUGCUUCUGAGUGGAAGAGAUGCUGCACCAGUUGGGUGUUCAUUUGAGAAUGUGAAUGAAAAUCUUAUGGUUUAUCUCAAGGUUCAAGGAAGUCUAAACACAGAAGCUGAGCGGGAAAAACUUAAGACAAAGAUGGAUGAGAAUCUUAAGCAACAGGAGAAGUUGAACAAGAUAAUGAAUGCCUCUGGCUAUCAUGAAAAAGUUGAUCCUAAAAUCCAUGAGGAGAAUAUGAAGAAGCUGGAAAAGCUUAUGCAGGAGUUUGAAUUUUUCAAAGAAGAAAGCACUCGUCUGGAAUGACAUGGAAGUUCCAAGUUUACACUGCAUUCUCCAAGACUUUGCAGAAUUCAGUAACUGGGAGGAGAUUCGGUGAAACACAGUACCCUGGUUUGGUUUUCAUUCUGAUCAUCAAGUAUAGAUUAAAAUACAAUAUCUUUCCUUUAUAAUGAAAUUAUAACUGGUUGUGGGUCAUUGACGCUUUGAAUUAUUUGCUUAAGAAUGCUUAUACCUUCUAGUUAAAAAAAUGUUUUUAACUGAAGAUAUUUUCUCUU